AUGAUUUGGUUAUUGAUUAUUGAUGUAGCAAUUUCGGAUUCGAUUCCAUCGAUUGGAGGCGAUCCCGAUGAGAAUAGAUCGUUCAUGGAAAUUGUAAAUGCUCAUGGUUAUCCGUGUGAAAAUCAUUUCGUGACAACAGUAGAUGGAUAUAUUCUGCAGGUUUUCAGAAUUCGAAAUGGUAGAUCCAAUGCUUCGCCGACCACUCCGAAACAACCGGUGUUGCUUCAGCACGGUCUUCUCGACAGUUCAAUCACAUGGAUUAUCAACGAGCCAUCAGAGUCACUCGCCUAUAUCCUCGCUGAUGCAGGCUAUGACGUCUGGCUAGGAAACAAUCGUGGAAACACCUACAGCACCAACCACACCAGCCUCCCAAUAACAUCGCCAGAGUUUUGGCGAUUCUCAUUCGAUGAGAUGGGAUGGUUCGACAUGCCUGCCACCAUCAACUAUAUCCGUGAGUUUACCGGGUUUGCUACACUGCCAUAUGUUGGCCACUCCGAAGGCACGAUCCAAGCAUUCAUCGGAUACACCGUCAAUUCGUCGCUGGCCGAGUGGGCGCCACUCUUUAUCGGCGUCGGACCAGUCGGAAACGUGACACACAUCACUAACAACGGGCUGGCCGAACUGGCGAAACUUCACAUCGAUACACUACUGGAGGUGUUUGGCGAGAACCGAUUCCUGCCAACACCCGAGAAGCUGCGUGAAAUCUUUAUCGACUUUUGUGUGGAGUGCGACGAGUGUUGCGCAACCGUUGUGGAAUUCCUCUGUGGAAAACACCGUGGUGCCUUCAACGACAGUAGAAUGCCGGUGGUUGCUGGACACGAGCCAGCCGGAACGUCGGUGCAGAACAUCAGACACUGGGCACAGGAUGUUCGUAACAAACAACUACAGAUGUUCGACCAUGGCCCCGUUGGAAACAUGGAGCACUAUCAUCAGCUUUACCCACCUAUCUACAACGUCUCAAACUUCCCAACCAAUGUGAAGAUCGCUCUGUUCUCUGGUGGUCUCGAUGAGCUUGCUGACCCUGUAGACGUCCAGGAUCUUGUCAAUGUAUUGCCUGCAGAGUCACUGAUCUACUGGCAAAAGAUUGCCGACUACGCACACCUCGAUUAUGUCUGGGCAUUAGAUGCUCACAUCACAAUGUACCCAACCGUCGUAUCGCUAAUACAAAAGUAUUUCCCAAAUUCACAACAUAACGAGUGA